UUUGUUUUAUGCGGCAACAGCUGAAAGAAUAUAGACCGCAACACAAAUUGAAGAACUUCAGAAUAUUAGAUACAAUGGGCGUGGAGGACAAUGAUCAGGGAGGACUCAAUCUUAAGGAUGUUUUAUACCUUGUCAAGGGUCACAUUCCACCGAAUUAUAAGUUCAAUCCUGCCACACCAAUUGAUGAAGGAAGCAAAGAAUUCAGGUCAGAGCCAAAUGAAAAAGAUAGAAUUCAUUGUGUGGUUUUUGUAAUAGAUGCUACUGUCGCCGGAAAUGACAAUAUUUCGGAUGCGAGAAGAAGAAAAAUAAAAGAACUACAAACAGAGUUAAAGGCUCUCGACAUCCCACGAAUAGUGUUAUUAACUAAGAUUGAUGUACUCUGUGAAUUUGUUGAUGAAGAUAUAGAGAAUACAUACGAAAGUGAAAAAGUUAAAGAUGCUGUACAUGUGGCGAGGGAAUUAUACAAGGUUCCGGAGCAUUGUAUUUUUCCUGUUGAAAACUAUGAAAGUGAAGUUGAGGCGGACUACAAGAAAGAAAUAUUGCAUCUUUUAGCUCUCAGGCAAAUGAUUUACUUUGGAACAGAUUUUCUCAACUCUGUAUCCGCAUCCACAAGUGAUGAUGAAACACCUUAGAAAAAUAAAAGGGAAAAAAAAACUUUAAUGGGACAGACUAGACUCGAAAAACAUUUUCUACAUCUAAUUUUUACAGAUUUAUGUCUUUGGUAUAGUUAUCUUUAUAUGACUUAACUCACUGUUACCCUUAAUUUUAAGGUAGUACACCUAGGAUGAUGUCAAAUCAAAUCGUUUAGAUAAAGCAUACUCAAUUGACACGCCAGAUAUGGACAUUACGAGUAGCUUGAUAUUUAAUUGAUAUAUGAUGAUUAAUUUAUGUUGAUUUAUGUUAAUUUACUUUAUUUUAGAAGCGCGAAAAGGUCUGAGGGUGUUCCAAAAUCUGCAUGUGUUAUAGUCCAAUGCAACUCCUUUUUAUAUAAUUUAUAGAAUUUUAUUAUUUAGGAAAAUUGUAACGCCGAAAAUUAUUAUGGAUGAUGUAGGUACUAAGUCCCUACUUAUUAUGUCCAAAUAAUAAAACACAGUUCCAGA